AUGCUCCUUGACAACAACAUCGUGAGCACGGCCAUCCCGCGGAUCACCGACGAGUUCCACUCCCUUGCUGAUGUUGGUUGGUACGCCAGUGCAUAUCAGUUUGGCAGUUCCGCGCCGCAGCCGUUGACCGGAAAGAUUUACAAGUAUUUCAACACCAAGUGGACGUUCUUGACCUUCUUUUUCAUAUUUGAGAUCGGCUCAAUUCUCUGCGGCGCUGCUGUCUCCUCUCCCAUGUUCAUCGUUGGUCGAUUCGUUGCUGGCUUUGGCGCUGCGGGCGUCGCCACCGGAUCCAUCACUAUGGUUUCACUUUGCGCACCUCUUGACCAGCGACCACUCAAACUUCUUGGACUUGUUCUAGGGCCUCUCAUCGGGGGAGCUUUCACAUCUUACACUACUUGGCGUUGGUGCUUCUAUGUGAACGUACCAGUUGGCGCAGCAGCAGUGCUUGGCAUGAUUUUCCUGCCCAUCCCUGAAGAGAUGAUCAAACCUAAACCCUGGACCCUGCUCCCGAGACUACAUCACUACCUUGACCUUGUCGGCUUCCUGCUUUUUGCGCCUGCGGUCCUGCAACUUCUCCUCGCGCUUCAAUUUGGAAGCCAGAACUAUGCUUGGAACUCGUCAACGGUCAUCGGCCUCCUCUGCGGCGCUGCUGCAAACGCUGUUGUCUGGGGCUUCUGGAAUAACCACCGUGGAGAGGAUGCCAUGAUUCCUCGCUCAUUGAUCCGCAAGGGGAAUGUCUUGUUCUCCGGAAUCUACGUGGCUUUCCUCACCUCGGCGGUCUACGGUGGCAUCUACUAUCUUCCACUGUAUUUCCAAGCUGUCAAUGGCGCGAGUGCGAUUCUGAUAAGUAAGAUCGGCUACGUGAUUCCUGUUGCUAUUUUUUCGACCGUCUUCAAUUCCGUAGGAACCGGUCUCUACUCUCUCCUCCAACCCGGUACCUCAAGCGGUCAAUGGAUCGGUUUUCAAAUACUUGGUGGCGUCGGUUUCGGAGCUGGAUUACAAUUGGCCAUCAUAGCAGUGCAAGCGGCAAUGGAUAGCAAAGAGCUCGCCUCCAGCAUCGCAUUUAUCGUCUUCAGCCAAGCUUUCGGUCCCACCAUCGCACUAACCUUCUACAACAUCAUCUUCCUCGAAAGCAUGAAGUCACAAAUCCGUCAUUAUGCACCUAAUGUCAACCCUACCGAUAUAGUCAAUGCUGGUGCUACUGGAUUUUGUUCUUUCGUCUCGCCUGCAGACUUACCUGGUGUAUUGAAAGCAUAUGCUGAUAGUAUCGAUCGUGUUUUCUACCUAGCGGCAGCGUUCGCUGCUACGUGUGGGAUUUUCUUGUGGGGAAUGGGAUGGAAUGAUUUGCGGAAGAAGAAAGCUACCGAAGGCACGGACGGAGAUAAUACGCCGAAAGCGGAAGGCGAGAAAGCAGUGGAGGGAGACAAGGCAGUUUGA